ACGGUGCGUUUGGCGGGUUUCCUUCUUCCUUGUCACAGCCUAUGGAGCGCUCUCUAUCUCUCCCAGGUGAGUUGCACAGCCAGUCCACCGUAACCGCCAGACUGCUAAACGGCGCCCCUUGCCAUCUGGGCGAUCUCCGGCGACUCCCUAUUUUUCGUUGAAUAAUAAGGUGAUCCCAGGUAAAAUAUCAUUUGACAAACUUGUUUAUGCAAUGGAGAAGCUGAAGUCCAUGGUUCCAGAUAGGCUUAAACAGAUAGUGGCAGAUAGCAAUGCUGACGAUCUUCACUCAACAUCUUCUUCUCUUCUUCACUUUCUCAAUAAGUUGUCACAAUUUCACCAAAUGAUUAGAGAUUUGACAGAUCUGGAGGCUUCUCUCUGUGCUAAGAAUAAGGAUGCAGCUUUGGAAUUUAAGCAAAAGGCCAAUAAAUGCUAUUUCAACGGAGAUUAUGACACUGCACUGGCUUUCUAUACUCGGGCAUUGCGCAUUGCUCCAAUAAAUGCCGAUGACAUGGACAAAAAUUUGGUUGCAACGUUGUAUCUGAAUAGAGCUUCUUUAUUUCAUAAAAUAGGACUUCUAAUGGAGUGUGUAAGAGAUUGCAAUCGAGCCUUGCAAAUUUCUCCAAGUUAUGCAAAGGCAUGGUACAGGAGGGGUAAGGCAAAUGCUGCUUUAGGCAUUUACAAGGAUGCAAUCCAUGAUUUGGAUGUUGCUAAGAAUGUGGAGUUGUCAUUGGGUGGAAAGAAACAAAUAGAAAAUGAACUAAAGAUAAUUGUAGACCAAUAUGAGGGCACCAGAAGUGUUCAACAUAUUGAAAAUACCGUGAGAAACUUCAAUGAGCCGCAACAGAUAAAUUUAUUAUGUGUCACUGAUCCAGACAAAGGACGAGGCAUGGUUUCACCGUGCGACAUUCCUCAAGCUUCCUUGGUCCACAAAGAAGAGCCUUACGCCCUGAUUAUAUUGAAAAGUUGCCGAGACACUCACUGUCACUACUGCUUGAAUGAAUUACCCAAAGACACAGUCCCCUGUAUAUCAUGUUCAAUACCAUUGUACUGUUCCCAGCAUUGUCAAGUACAGGCAAGAGGAGAAACAAUCAGUUGCUACAGAACAAAAGAUGGGGUUGAUGAUAGUCUACCGAACAAUCUUAAAGAGUAUAUUGCAGAGGUCACUUCAUGUAGUGAUUCUGAUCCAGAUGUUGAGUGCUUUCCUGAACAUAAACAUGAAUGCCUUGGUGUGCAUUGGCCUGCAGUAUUGCCAUCUGAUGUUGUUUUGGCAGGUCGAAUACUAGCAAAAUUUAUAUCUCAAAAAAGAGGUUAUAUGGAGUGUAACCUUCUAGGAACUCUGAAUCUUUCUCAGAGUUAUUUACAAAUUAGUCCAGAAGGCAAAUUGGAAUUGCAUAUAUAUGCUAUUGUACUAUUGAUCUGUCUUCAACACUCUUUUGGAACUGAACUUCCAAUAAAUGGAAUCUCAUUAUCACAGACCAUUAUACUUGUCUCUCAAAUCAGAGUAAACGCCAUGGCGGUUGUCCGUAUGAAAUCUACUGAUUUUCAUUGCCUGCCAGAUCAGUUUGGGAAGUUUUCCAAUAUUGGAGAUGCUUUAACUUGCAGCGUGGACCAGGUCCCCGUUGGUCAAGCCAUUUAUACAGCCGGCAGUCUUUUCAAUCAUUCUUGCCAGCCAAACAUCCAUGCAUAUUUCCUUUCCCAUACUUUGUUUAUUCGAGCUACAGAACAUGUAGCAGCAGGACAUCCUCUGGAGUUGUCCUAUGGUCCUCAGGUAGGGCAGUGGGCCUGUGAAGACCGCCUCAAUUUUCUGGAAGAUAAGUACUCAUUUAGAUGUCAGUGCAUUGGCUGUUCACAACUAAACCUAUCUGACCUGGUUCUAAAAGCUUUCCAUUGUGUCAAUCCAAAUUGUAAUGGCGUAGUCCUGGAUCACUGUCUGGAUAACUCUGAACUAAACAAACUUAAGAACUUUCCUGGAGUUCCCAGAAUGCAAGUCUUAGACCCUUUCUUAAAGGUUGACGAGCUGAAAAAUGUAGCUCACCUUGCACUUGAGCUAACCAAUAACUCUUUUAAUGUUCAAUCUGGGUCUUGCUUAAAUUGUGGUUCCAAUUGUGAUCUAGAAGCUUCGGAUAAAGCCAGGAGAAAGGCUUUGAUUUGUAUGAAAAGGUUGCAGGAUGCAAUAGUUUCAAAAGAAAUCUCAACUACUAUUCUCUCAGAUGCUUCAAGAGCUCUUGGUGUUCUGAGGUCAAUAUUGCAUGGUUAUAACAAGCAUAUUGCAGAGGCUGAAGACAAUCUUGCACAAGCAUUUUCUCUAGUAGGAGACUUUCGAUCUGCAAGGGACCAUUGUAAAGCAUCAAUCAAGAUACUUGAGAUGCUAUAUGGCAGUGAUCACAUUGCAGUUGGACAUGAAUUGAUCAAACUCUCAACCAUUCAGCUGUCCUUGGGCGACCCUUCUGCUGCGGACACCAUAAAUCGGCUAGGUUUGAUAUUUCUGCGAUAUUAUGGAUCGCACGCCGACUUCAUUUUCCCAUAUCUGCAAACUCUGAAAAGAGAAGCUAACAAUUUAACUCAAGAAGGCCGAGUUACAUGAUCACUCCAUUUCUUCCAUAUCUGCAAAUGCUGAAGUGAAGCUUGUGAUUACUCAAGAACUAACUCCAUUUGUUAUGGAGUUUCUUCAUGAUCUUCAAGAGAAUUGCAUUUUAGCCUCUGUGCCUCUAUCUCUGCCUUACAGAUGUUUAAAUUAUCACUUUUAUCUGCAAAUUUAUUUAGGUCUUUCUGGCUGGAGACAUUGACUAAUAUCUGUGCCCAGGUUGUUCAAUGAGUUGAUGGUGUCACUGGUGAAUUAUGCCUAAUUGAUUGAUAUUUCUAUCA